GCAUUUACUGGAUGUUGAUACACACUGACCAGCAAAUCACGACCUUGUUGCAGGAAACAGGCCGUAAACUGCGGGCAUUGAUUUGACCCGUAGUCAUCGGACCUGAUAUAGUAUUUUAUACACCGGCCGUAAACCCUUACCACAGUCAAGAGGUCAUCGGACCAGGAAGAUUUCAGAAAAUGAACACCCCCAUUCUAAUCGCUUUCGCCGCCUCCUUGGUGCUCCUUAGCUACACAUCAGCUAGGAGCGUGGAUGGAUUGGACUCGGAGUUGAAGCGAGCUUUUGACGAGGUGUUUUCACAAAAUCUCAAGAGGGCAUUCGAUGAGACCACAUCGGCAUUGGAUGGGUCAAAACGUUCUGGGGAUCUACAACGCCGUGGUUUCUGGAAAAAUCUCUGGAACGGCAUCAAGACCGUGUGGAACGAGAACAAAGGUGCCAUCAUCGACUCCGCCAUUGGUUAUGUGAAAACUCUAAAGAAAGAAGAACAGCUUCCUGCAGAGACAGAAGGCGACGAUGGAAACAACGACGAGGGUGAUGAAGAGGAUCAGGACGAUGAAGAGAGUGAAAAGGAGUUUAUUGAAUUUCUACAAAUUGUCAAUGGCCAAUAGAAAGAAAUCUGUGUUUCAAUUUACAAAAUGGUGUGGCUUGAAAUUUGAAAUUUGUGGAUCUAAAAAUAGUUUCUUAGUUGACUUUAAUUUGGACUUUGUAACUAAAACUUUGAAAUAAAUGAAAUCAUACACAC